AUUAUAUAUACAUUGCAUUAGAUAUUGUAUUUUCAUGUGAUUUGAAAAGUAUAUGAAAUAUAGUAGUGUUUUGUUAUUAUAAUUGAUAUCAAUGUUAGUGUCGGCACUGUUUCGGACAUCACUUGCGGUCAAACCGUGUCAUUCAUUGACCACUUUUGCCACAAAUCACAGAGUAUUUGUGGAUCAGUUUCGCCGCAUAAGUGGUCAUACAUUGCGCCGCAAUAUGGAAGAGCACGCAGUAGUGCCCGAUGUCGUGGAUCACGUGCCACAGCACGUGCUUGACGUGAAAUACGUCUCAGGUGUCGAACCAAAGUUGGGCAAUGAGUUGACACCGACUCAAGUUAAGGACAUUCCGACUGCUAUUAAGUGGCCGAUAGAAGACAAAGCACUUUACACCUUAUGUAUGACCGAUCCGGACGCUCCCAGUCGUCAAACACCAAAAUAUCGAGAAUGGCAUCACUGGUUGGUCGUCAAUAUCCCGAACAAUGAUGUGGCAAAAGGCGAUACUUUAUCGGAAUACGUGGGUUCCGGUCCACCAAAAGGAACUGGUCUUCAUAGAUAUGUCUUUUUGGUUUACAAACAGCCAAACCGUUUAACACCCGACGAACCUAAGCUUUCUAACAGAUCUGGUGAAGGCAGAGGACAAUUCAAAAUACGUAACUUUGCUAAGAAAUAUAAUUUGGGAGAACCUAUUGCCGGCAACUUUUAUCAGGCGCAAUGGGAUGAUUAUGUGCCCAAACUAUACGAACAAUUGAGUGGAGACUAAUAAACAUGAAAAUAAGUUUAAAAAAUUUCGUUUUAUUGAAUAUAAUAAUGCAUUCAGUAAUUUGUACCCAAAUAUAUAAUUAAAACUAAUGCAAAAAAAUGAUUUAAAACUUUUAGGAGUCAUAUUAAAUGAAUAAAGUUUGUUUUUGUGCUAAUUUUGAACAUUUGUCUUAUUUGUGUGAUUUUUGUAUAAAAAGAUUAAAUUUUA